UGAGACACGGACGGCAGCUUUGCGACCAGCUGGGGACAGCCUGAGGUGAAGCAGGCACAACUGCCGCCACUCGCUCCGAAGAGACCCGGGCACGCCGAGACCAGGCGAAGCCUCUAGCUCCAGCCCUUCUCCCCGCAGGGACCCUUCAGGCUGAGCGGCAGUUCCGCGCCCCCGCGCGACACCCGUCACAGGCACUUCGCGGGGCGUGCCAGGACUUGGGGACGCGGCUGAGGCUGAGCUUGGGCGGGGAGGCGACGGCAGCACCGGAGCGAGAGCUGCGCGCACUGGGACUGGAGAGUGAGUGGUGGGCUGGGCGGCGGCAGCCGUAACUGCGGGUGCCUCCCCGCCUCGCCGCUUCGCAAGGCAGCACCGCCUCCUGGGCCGGGACCGUUCGGCCGGGUUCUCUGCGCGUUCCCGGGCCCAGAGCUGGCGCACGAUGCGCCCGGCUGCGUUCUGAUUGCCACCGCGCCGCCGCCUCCGCCGCGAUGAUCCCCCCCGAGCCGCCGCAGCAGCAGCUGCAGCCGCCGCCGCCAGCCCCACCGAACCAUGUGGUGACCACCAUCGAGAACCUGCCGGCCGAGGGCAGCGGCGGCGGCGGCGGGAGCCUGUCCGCGUCCUCCCGGGCUGGCGUGCGCCAGAGGAUCCGCAAAGUGCUGAACAGGGAGAUGUUAAUCUCAGUGGCCCUGGGCCAAGUGUUAUCCCUUCUUAUUUGUGGAAUUGGCUUGACCAGCAAGUACCUGGCUGAAGAUUUUCAUGCCAACACACCAGUCUUCCAGAGUUUUCUCAAUUACAUCCUUCUCUUCUUGGUGUAUACUACCACAUUGGCUGUCAGACAAGGAGAAGAAAACCUUCUGGCAAUUUUGCGACGAAGAUGGUGGAAAUAUAUGAUCCUGGGACUGAUAGACCUAGAAGCCAAUUACCUAGUGGUCAAGGCAUACCAGUACACAACUCUGACCAGUAUCCAGCUCCUGGACUGUUUUGUGAUCCCAGUGGUGAUUUUGCUGUCCUGGUUCUUUCUACUGAUCCGGUACAAGGCUGUGCAUUUCAUCGGCAUCGUUGUCUGCAUCCUGGGCAUGGGCUGCAUGGUGGGAGCCGAUGUGCUUGUGGGAAGGCAUCAGGGAGCAGGAGAAAAUAAGCUGGUAGGGGACCUUUUGGUCUUAGGAGGAGCUACACUCUAUGGCAUCUCUAACGUCUGGGAAGAAUACAUCAUCCGAACCCUGAGCCGAGUGGAAUUUCUGGGGAUGAUUGGUCUCUUUGGUGCAUUUUUCAGUGGAAUCCAAUUAGCUAUAAUGGAACACAAGGAACUGCUAAAGGUGCCAUGGGAUUGGCAAAUAGGCCUGCUCUAUGUUGGCUUCAGUGCCUGCAUGUUUGGUCUGUACAGCUUUAUGCCAGUUGUCAUAAAGAAAACCAGUGCCACUUCAGUCAACCUCUCCCUGCUCACAGCAGAUCUGUACAGCCUGUUCUGUGGAUUGUUUCUUUUCCACUACAAGUUUUCAGGACUGUAUCUCCUGUCCUUCUUCACCAUUCUCAUCGGGCUGGUGCUGUACUCCUCCACCUCCACGUACAUAGCCCAGGACCCCCGAGUGUACAAGCAGUUCCGCAACCCUUCGGGACCUGUUGUGGACUUACCAACCACAGCUCAGGUGGAGCCUUCCGUCACCUACACUAGCCUGGGCCAGGAAACCGAAGAAGAGCCCCAUGUCCGCGUGGCCUAGGAUGAGGCCCACCCUGCCCACUGAGGACAACUCAGUGGCCAUGUGUCUGCUCAUCAUCUCUGUCUUGUACAUAGAGAAAGGUAUUUACUAGGUGCAGUUUACACAGGUGGACUGCAAGGUAGCCAAUCCUCUGAGAGCUUGUAAGGGAAGAAGCUAAGCAUCCCUGGAAAUGCAGGCCCGAAUCUGCCUUUUUCAGAGAUGCCUAGCUGAUAUGUAACUUGAUCUCCACCCCUCUGCAUUAAUUACUGUGAAAUUUUUUGAAUAAAAAGCAAAUAUUGUUGUUAUUAUUACUUAUAUUAUUAUUGUUACUGUUAUCACACCAACCUGCAGGAGGCUAUUUUGUC